AUGAUUGAAUGCAUGCUCACCUACAAGAAGCUGGUGGAGGAGAAGAGACCAUGGGAAAUACUAAGUAGAAGAUUUGAUGCUGAGAGUUCUGGAUCCUUGUGUGGCCUUGAUGUUUGAAGGACUCCUUUAAAGUUCAUUUUCAAGCAGGUGAACAAAGGCAGAUUUAUGUGCCAAACUCUAAGGACUAUGAAUAGGAGGCCUGCUGGUGAAGAAUUUGCAUAUAACAAAGAAAGGUCUGACUGUAAUGGAGGUGAACUGUUGAGAAAACAGAAAAAUUUUCCUGAAUGCCUUUGGGAAGACUUUAAGGUAAACAUCAUAGGUGAAAGGGAUGAUUCACCAGUUAAUUUCUGUGACAAAUUUGAUUUUCCUAUUAAAAUCUGUGGGCACAUGAUUCCAUGCAAGCAUGCUUUUGGCUAUGACUGUGCUAACUUAUGCAAAACAAACAAAGAAACAAACAAACUAAAUCCCCCCAAAGAUGGAGAUGUGUCCAGGCCGCAGUGUUCCUGUGCUGUGAUGAGGAGCAUGCACAGUUCUAUCUUCACUUGUAGCACUGUCCAAGGAUGCAAGAGAACAGUUUUUUCUCCAAGAGACUUAUAAGCUCAUAUCAACCACUGCCAUAAGAAAACCGAAAAACUUGUUACUUGUGCUCCGCUGGAAAAAGUUCAUCCUUGUAUUUCCUCACCAACAGCUGAUACCCCUGUAAUGCUGCUGGUCAAGGACCACGUGACCCACAUUCCACCAGAGCAGUACACCAUGCUGUCCGCACCUCCUAGAUGA